AUAAUUACUUAACCUAUAUGUCCUCCAUUUUGAAGAAAAUAAGUGACAAGUAUUUUUUGAAGGGGAGGAGUAACACAAUAGAUAGUAAUGAGAUUCUUUGUGGAGUGAAGAAUGACGUCACAAAAGAAAUAUUAUUUCAGUUUUCAAUGAGUUCUCCGUUCAUAUUUGUUAGAGAAGAAUCAUCAAGGUAGAAUAAAGGAAAUAACACAAUUUAAAGCGAACGAUAAAUAUCUCUGAAAGAAAACCACCGGACAGCGGUACAUAAAUACAAAACGGAACAAAAUUAGAGCACCAGAAAACCACGGAGAUUGCGUGCGAACGUCGUUACAGGUACUUGACUCGUUACAAGAAAAUUGACCUUCAUACAUCCGGAUAAAGUGGACGCCACUCGAACUCUUCUCCCCUGCACGAUGGUUAUCAACCAUUUUCGCCAUUGUACGAAUUCUUGGGGAAGAGAAAAUUUAACUGACAUUAUACUUCCAGAGGCUACGUUUGCGUCGCCUCGUCAUUUGUCAACAACGUUUACGGAAACGUGCAUGUGCAUAGCGAUGGCAUUGAUCUUCUCUUCCCCUCCGUGUCAUUAUAGGCAAAAACGCGGACACCUUAAAUUUGAUACAUGGAAUGAUCAAAGAUUGGUCCAACGUCUAGAGGCUAGAGUCAAGUGAAAAUCAGCAAAGUCAACUAUUAGAUGGUGGGGAUAUUUCCCCUACAUCUCACUUCGGUGAGAAAGUAGGGUUCCACUUCCAGAGUCCCACUCAGUAGUGGGGGAAGGAGUAUCCAAGCAAGAUGGGGAAUCGCGAAUUCUGUCAGUGGCCUCUCGGACGUGCACGCGUGAAGUUGGUUAACCGUGGCGUUUAUUGUUGAGGCCUUUUUUGUCGGUUUGCUACAAUUUCACGCGACUUUAACAAUUGCUUACUCGAGUGUUGCCGCAUUGUUUGACGUAUCGUGGUGUGCUCGAAGUGUAGUUCUUCGAUGCGGUCGUAAGCUUAUCGCAUCGCCUCGAAUCACGAAACACGCAGCAGCAUGGACCAGCUGACGAAACGUUGACGCUUGACGCAAGGAUGUUCGGGUGAAGGAUCCGCGGGUGGAAUCCCCAAGGAAUUCGGGAUACGCGACCGCUGGUCGAUGGUCCUUAAGUUCGUUGAUCUCCCGACGAAAUCAUGCUAUCGGCAUGCGGCAGACUGGCGCACUUCAAGAAGAGAUUAAAGGCUCGCGAGCUGGAGCUUCGAAAAACAAACCGCGUAUUCGGUGGAUAAGAUGAGCAAGAGCGUCGAGCUACUCGCUGGGUCGGAGGACAGUGAACAGAUAACAGUGGGAUUACACGAUGGAAAAGGGAAAGAUAACAGCCGCGUGGAGGAGAGAUCCAGACUGAACUUGAACGGGAGCCGUCAGCUCUCGAAAAGCGCCACGGAGCUCAGGAACAACGACAGCGGUUCACCGUCACGACGCGGUGAACAAGGCGAAUCCAGCGUCGUUCAUCAUCAUCGGCAUCAUCGUCACGCCACCUCGGUGGCUCAGCGGACGCACACCUUCUUCGCCACCUUGAAGAGUCGCUGGGCACGUAGCAGAAGCAAGGAAAGAAAGAAAUCGAAGGAUGCCGGGAAUCUGCUCUCUCAGGAUGCAGCUUUCAGAACUGCGGGCGUCGAAUCUGACUACGCUGCCGACUAUUCCUCUGAACAUAGCAAGAGUUCCUCUGCCACUCAAAGCCCGGCUAGGCAUUGUCUUAAUCAUCCAGAGUCACCGUUGGUGCGAGGAGGAAGGCAGAAUGUCGUGACCAGAUCGGAAGAUAGUCCUGGAAAAUGCAGCGAUACUCAUUCCAAAGGAUCCUUGAGCUUCCAGGCGUCCAGGGACUCGCACGAGGAGGCUCGAGGUUCUAUGAACCAGGAUGAUAACGCGUUUCUUCAGGAGGAAGCGGCGCGGAGACGAGAGUUGGCAUUGAGACAGCAUGCUUUUUUCCAGCUUCGUUUGCACAUCAGAAGAGGGGCGAAUCUCGUUGCUAUGGAUAGAUGCGGCGCAAGUGAUCCAUACGUGAAAGUGAAAUCUGCGGGUCGAUUGUUGCACAAGUCGCGAACAGUUCAUCGUGACCUAAAUCCCGUCUGGGACGAAAGCGUGACCCUGCCUAUAGAGGAUCCUUUCCAGCCACUCACGUUCAAGGUCUUCGACUACGACUGGGGUCUGCAGGAUGACUUCAUGGGGGAGGCGCAGUUGGAUUUGACUCAGAUCGAACUUGGCCAGGCGCAGGAUAUUACGUUGGAGCUGAAGGAUCACGCUAGACCGAAGCAACACCUUGGAGAGAUUUAUUUGUCCGUGACUCUGUGGCCCAAGAAUCAACAGGAGAAGGAACAGGUACAAGAACAUUGUAAGAGGAAAAGUUGGAAAACAUUGUGAAUGUAUUCUUUAUCGAUGUCGCUUUAUAAAUAACUUCGAAAGAAGCCGGUGAUAAACGUUACUUGCAAGAUUUCGUGAAACAAAAGCAGCCAUCAGAAAAACAAACAAAAAUAUAGAAAACGUAAAAAGAUACAAGGAAA